AUGAAAAACUUCACGAAAGUAGAAGUCGAGCAUAUACCUCGGGAGCAUAAUUAUCGGGCCGACGUCCUACCCAAACUCGCGAGCACGAGGAAGAAAGGCGGCAACAAGUCAGUGAUCCAAGAGAUCCUUUCAAGACCGAGUGUAGACAAGAGUGCACCCCAUAUACCAGUGCUCGCCAUUGGCGACGACCAUUGCUGGAUGACCCCGAUGUAUAACUUCGUCACAAAGGACGAGCUACCAUCGGACGCGAAGGAAGCCUCCGCAGUAAAAAGACGAGCCUGUUCAUACGUCAUCGUCGAAGACAAGCUAUACCGGCGAGGGUUCUCCAUCCCUCUUCUCAAAUGUGUCGACGCUUCCCAAGCACUCGAGAUACUGCAGGAGCUUCACGGGGGGAUCAACGGCCAACACCUCGGCGGUCGAUCACUAGCAAGAAAAGCUCUCAGAGCCGGAUACUAUUGGCCGACCAUGCAGCAAAACGCCAAAGAGCAUGUCCAGAAAUGCGAUAAAUGUCAGCUCCACGCCGACAUGCACCUAGCUCCCCCACACGAGCUUAAAUCCUUAUCAUCACCCUGGCCAUUCUCCGUUUGGGGAAUGGACCUCAUCGGACCAUUCCCGGCAAUAAUAACCGACAACGGCAUCCAACUCACCGAAAGAAAAUUCCAAGAGUUCGUGUACAAGCUCGGCACCAAGCAGCAUUUCACGUCGGUGGAACACCCCCAAACGAAUGGGCAAGCCGAGGAAGCUAACCGAGUCAUCCUCCAAGGACUGAAACGGAGACUCGGCGAAGCUAAGAAAGCUUGGGUCGAGGAGCUGCACAGCGUACUCUGGGCAUAUAGGACGACGCCGCAUUUGAGCACAGGCGAAACCCCAUUUAGAUUAACCUAUGGCACCGAAGCCGUGAUCCCCAUGGAAAUCCGGGAACCUUCUCGUCGAACCGAGUCACCUCUUGAAGAAGAACUCAACGACGAGGCUAUGAGGGAAGAACUCGAUAUGGUCGAAGAGAUCCAAAUGGGGUCUUCCCUCCGUGAAGCCAAGCUGAAGCAACAGAUAGCUCUGCGCCAUAACACCAAAGUCAUCAAACGCAAGUUCGAAGUUGGCGCCCUAGUGCUCCGCAGAAACAUGAAAGACUCGCGCGAAGGCAAACUCGCCCCAAACUAG